UUGCAUGAUCCCUGCUUUGGAGAGAUGGUCACGUUGACGAUGCCAAAGCUAUUCAGAUCUGGUGCAUAGCCAUUCUAUUAGCAGACGUUAAACCCGAUAGUCUGUUGCUCGUUCCAGGCGCGCUGAAUGAACACUAAAAAGACCGUAAACACUUCCAACUAUUGAAGGAUGUCGGGGAUCACAGUGAAUUCGGAUUGUGGAGAAUGUUCACCCCCUUCGCAUGAGCCUUGCACCACGGAAUUACACCCAUACUCUAGCAUCGAUGACGACGAUGAACUGCUGAAGUAUAUCUGGAGGGAAUAUUUGCAUCCCAAGCAAUAUGAGUGGGUUCUUAUUGUAGGAUACAUACUUGUUUUUUUUGUUUCUCUCCUUGGAAACACACUAGUUUGUUUUGCAGUGUGGAAAAACCAUCACAUGCGCACAGUGACCAACUGUUUCAUUGUGAAUCUCUCCUUUGCUGAUGUCCUGGUCACCAUCACCUGUCUCCCGGCAAGUCUUGUGGUAGACAUUACAGAAACAUGGUUCUUUGGAAACACUCUUUGUAAAAUACUGCCUUACUUACAGACAAUCUCCGUAUCUGUGUCAGUCUUGACUCUGAGCUGCAUUGCUCUCGACCGCUGGUACGCAAUCUGCCACCCGCUGAUGUUCAAAAGCACGGCCAGGCGCGCCCGCAAGAGUAUCCUCCUCAUCUGGGGGGUUUCCUGUGUCAUCAUGAUCCCUCAGGCCAUCGUGAUGGAGUGCAGCAGCCUGCUCCCUGAGCUCACCAACAAAACCAGCCUUUUCACUGUGUGUGAAGAGCGCUGGGGAGCUGAUGUCUACCCCAAGGUGUAUCACACCUGCUUCUUCAUCGUCACAUACUUCGCUCCCCUCUGUCUGAUGGUUCUGGCAUACAUCCAGAUAUGUCAUAAACUGUGGUGUCAACAGAUUCCUGGGACGUCAUCUGUGCUACAGAGGAAGCGGACGUCCCUCCAGGGUUCCACUUAUCCUCCAGGACCUGGAGAGUCAGCCAGGGUCCGGACCGGCACAGUGUCUGCUGAGAUCAAACAGGUCCGGGCCCGCAGGAAGACAGCCCGCAUGCUGAUGGUGGUCCUCUUUGUCUUUGCCCUCUGCUACCUGCCCAUCAGCGUACUCAACAUCAUGAAAAGAGUGUUUGGGACGUUUAAGUACACAAACAGCAGAGAGACUGUAUACGCCUGGUUCACGUUCUCACAUUGGCUGAUAUAUGCCAACAGUGCUGCAAAUCCAAUCAUCUAUAACUUUUUAAGUGGGAAGUUUCGAGCGGAAUUCAAAGCAGCAUUUUCCUGUCGCUCUUUUGGCCGAUGUCAGAACCAAACAGAGGGCAUACGGACAAGAAUAAACACUGACAGCCGUAAAUCCUUGUCCACUCAAGUCAACAACAUGGACAAUGUCUCACGGAUAUCUGACCAUGUGGUUUAAUCCUAUACUGGGGCAUGCUGGGAGAUCUUAUAAUUGCACCAUGCCACCCAGGACACACUGGCAUUCGCUGUCUCCAUGAUACAAAGAUCACAAAUAGAACACAUUGUAACAUCAAGCUUUUAAUAACAGACAUCUUGAAUGAGACCACAUACUCUGAAUGGACUGAAAGCACUCAAUAUCCACCAACCUGUGUGAAAGCAAAUCCCUCCCCUGCUGGAACUUCUACCCAGGGGAAGAGAAGUGAUUUGAAUGAGUCGUGUCUGUUACAGAUGGAUAACCGUUCUAUUGGCUCCAGUCUUUGAUUCUCAUCCCACCAGAGGCAGGAAGUAGCACCCCAUAGUGUUGUACACCUCACCAGAAAGAACAGACUGAAGGAUGAAUCACAAUGCAAAGAUUAAACCCUAUCAACGUUUAUUAUCAAAGCUUCUUAAAUCUGAAGAUGGAUUACAAAAUAACAAUUUGCUCGUUAUUAAUUAGCCACAAUAGUGUACUACAUGUGUAUUUGUGGUGAUGUUUACUUAUGUCUUAUGAUGACUACUUAUCAUAAUAAUAAUAAUACUUUUUAUUAUUAUUGUUAUUAUUAGUAUUUGUAUUAUUGUUGUUGUUGAUGCUGUUGUUUAUUAUAUUUUAUUGUUAUUGUUAUUACCUUCCUAUUCUAUGUGUAAUAUCUGGUUAUAUGUUUACAAAUAUGGUAUUGUACAUUGACAAUCCAGCCAAAGUUCGAAAAUCUCCACGGAUUAAUACAUCUACAGUGGUUUUCAUGACAAGGUGGGAGGUUAAAUUCUCACAACCUUACAUCACAAAGACGGCUUUGUUUCUAAUUCACUGCUGGAUCGAUCAACAAGCAAUCAGAAUUAAAUAACCCUACAAGACAUUGAAUUCUGAUAUUUUUUUAAAACGUCUUAUUUGAUGUAAACCCUUGAAAAGCAGUUUCUACAAUCGCUUUUGUUUGUUUUGAUUUCUUCUCAGGUGUUUGUUGUGAUGAUUUCUUAGUGGUGUUUUUUAUUAUUUCAUGUACUUUUUAAACAGUAUGUUAAGCAGUUUCCCCUAAAAAUGUAUCUGUUCAUGUAAGUGAUUGUUGUGUUUGAUCUGUUUGAAGGUAAACAUUUGAAACAUU